AUGUGCUCGAAAAAUACUCGCCACUGUACCAAAACAAACCACGACAACCAAUCCGGUAUCAAAACAAAUAGCGUCCGAUGCAGUGAAAGGCUUAACCCAUUUUCAGACUUCGCUGUUUCUGCGGUUGUUGCUUCCAAAAUGAUCAUGAAACUCUGCCGCCUGUGUCUCAGAGAAGACAAAGUAUUAGUAAGUCUUACUGGCGUCCAGUCCUUUCCCGGGGAUCAGCCAAGCUUGAAGACACUUAUUCGUCGAUACUUGUCCAUCGAAGAGAUUGAUUGUAGUUACCGCGGUGUUACAAUUAAGCUGUGCACAAAGUGCGCUAAGGUGUUGAAAGAGUGGCACAUAUUUUAUCAAUCUUGUGUGGGAAAUGAUAAAAAGUUUCGCCAAAAACUGGUAAAAAAGCUCUACUGCACAGUUUAUGCAGAGAAACCUCCCACGGACGAAUCAGAAUCAGAAUCCGAGAAUGAGAAUGUUGGAUCGUUGGUCAUUAAGUCUGAGCUGCUGUCCAUUGAAAUCGAUGAAAAGGAUGCCUAUUUCGCUGCUGCAGGUUCCAAUGGAGAAAAUAUGAACGCUGAAGAUAUUGUUAUAAAGCCAGAGUUUCUUUCCACGGAAGACGACCGACCAGAGGAACGAAGCAAGGAGAAUGCCGAUAAAGUCCCAUUAAAAUCGAGGAUCAAACAAAGCGACCAACACUCAAACGAGCAGAAAGCAUGUACUUCUAGCGAAUUGGAAGCUUCUUUCAGUUCCGAAAUAGUGAUUUACGAACGAAUGGAACCAAACGAGAAUCAUUUAUUUUUCAAGAACGAUACCCCGGAAAAAUCGAUAAGUAAUAAUCCGGAUAGAACAGUUGGAAGACAACUCAUAAGGCAAGCUGACGAAACACAGGAUGUUGAGGUAAAAUGCGAAAAAAAAGAGAUAGAGGAAACUCCGAGCUCACGCUGUUCCGAACGGCUCGAUUCCGAAACUUUGUCCCAGCAUGGGCCUAUUGUUACUGAACCAGAAUUCAUAUGUCUGUAUGAUAGCGUUCCCCAGGAAAAUUUCCCGAAAAUAACUCUAAAAGAAAGCAAGAGCAACAAAAGGCCUGCCGUGGGUUCAUCGACGGAUAAUCCACGACUCGGCAGGAAGAAAGCUGUCGGAAAGGUUCACAAUGAGGCUGGACGUGUCAGUGGAGUGUGUCAUAUUUGUGGCGUGUUUCGAAAAAAUCUUUCCGUGCACGUGAGCAAGCAUAAUGGCGAACGAAAAUUCAAAUGUCCACACUGCCCGGCAGCGUUUACGGAUUCUGGUAAUUGCAAGCAGCACAUUAACAUACACACGAGAGAGAAAAUUUACAAAUGUGACCUUUGUGACAAAGAGUACACAUCGCUGAAUGUGCUGCGAAAUCAUAAGGAUAGCCAUUCCGAGACGAAGAAACACGUCUGCAAAACAUGCGGCAAUGCGUACCAGUACCGGCCGGCACUCAAGCGUCACAUGAAAACUCACACUGAAGAGCCCAAAGUAAAAUGCCCCGAGUGCGAGAUGCGGUUUUAUUACAAAGGCAGAAUGCUGCUGCAUUUGCGGAAACAUUAUGAACCUGAGUUUGCUUGCGAGAUUUGUGAUAAGCGCUACACCACCAAAAGUGCCUUACACAAUCACACAAAAAUCAAGCAUACCCAGAAAUAGAGACCUUGCCCGCAAAAUGGACACAUUCAUCCUUAUCGAGCUAGAGCAAGUUUGUAAAUUAUUCAAUACUAAGUUUUAAAUGUUUCGUUUGCGCAGUGUCGACUUGUUUUGCAAGCAAAAUGCAACACGCAAUUGUAUCUGUAGGCAAUUGUGUAAGACAAGUAAGAGCUCUCAAGGAAAAUUCGGAAACACUGAAAGCUCAAGCUACUCGUAUGCGAAUAAAUUUUAGGCGAUAAGAAGCACUUUUACUAUCCAAAUCGAUCACAUCUGUGUAUAAGCACCAAUCCAUGUUCCGUAUUAUUGAGUAAUUCAAACUGUGUUAAAGUCCUGUUUGAAUGUUAUUUGGCCAAGGAA